AUGUAUCGUCAGAUCAAUAUCCAUCCAAAGGACUGGAAAUACCAGCGAGUAUUAUGGUCAACGUCUGAAGAUCAUGUUGAUACAUACAAAUUGACAACGGUAACGUACGGCCUGGCGUGCGCUCCAUACUUAGCACUCCGUACAAUCCUACAACUGGUGGAAGAUGAGAAAAUGAAUUAUCCUCUCGCCAUUCCUUGUCUCACUAAGGGCAAAUAUGUGGACGACGUUUUUGGAGGAGCAGAGUCAAUUGAAGCAGUGAAAGCACAAGUCGUACAAUUAAAUCAGCUAUGCUUGGCAGGCGGAUUUCAAUUGCAGAAAUGGACAAGUAAUCUGGAUUCAAUACUUGAUUCACUACCACGAGGUAUACGAGAUGAUGGAUCAUCCAAGUUCAUCGAUCGAACCUCUUGUGUUCAAGUUCUUGGAUUAAAUUGGCAUCCACAAUCUGAUAUGUUUCAUUUUAUCCUCAACCCUCCAACAAGUCAUUCCAUUACUAAACGAGCUGUAUUGUCUCUUAUAGCAAAGUUAUUCGACCCAUUCGGAUUAUUAUCACCUAUCAUUAUCAAGGCUAAAAUUCUUAUACAAGAAUUAUGGACUCAAAGGUUAGACUGGGAUGAUCCGUUACCAACGCAGUUUGCCGACAAAUGGGAGACAUUUUUAAGCGAAUUAUCAGACAUUAAUCUCAUUCAUAUUCCACGAUGGAUUGGAAGUAAGCCAGAGCAGCAGAUCCAGAUUCAUGGCUUCUGCGAUGCUUCUCAGCAGGCAUUUGCGGCUUCGGUUUAUCUCCGAACAACUAAUGCAGAAACAAAAUCCACUGCCAUGUUGAUUGUAUCAAAAACUAAAGUCGCACCAUUAAAGAGACUGACCAUACCAAGAUUAGAAUUAUCUGGUGCAGUAUUACUCACUAAAUUAGUCUCUCAUAUUCUAUCAGUUUUAGAUCUCAAAGGAGUCUCAAGUAGUCUAUAUCCAAGAAACUCUACCACAAGCAAGGUGGAGAUUUGUAUCUGGAAAAGAGAACCCAGCCGAUAUUGCUACGAGAGGAGUGUCUCCGUCACAGCUGAACAAAUUCACAUGCUGUGGGAAGGACCCACGUGGCUGUCUCAAUCCCCCGACACUUGGCCUGUUGAUUCUGACACCGUUUCGACAUCAGACAAUUUAGAAGAGCGUCCAGCUCAAAUUACCACAGUAACAUCAGGUCAGAUUUCACAUCCGUGGGAUUUAUUGGCACGAUAUUCAGAUCUCAAGAAGUUGCUACGCAUAACAGCUAUGUGUAUGAGAGCCGCAGAGCGAUUUAGACAGUCAAUUUCACUGACAAAUCCAUUAACUGUUUGUGAGAUUGACAAAGCAAGGAUGUUUUGGAUUAAACAUAUUCAACAAAUAUACUUCAAACAGGAAAUUAGCGUUCUCUCAGGAGGCGCUACUUUACCCAAGUCCAGUCCAUUGAUUCGUCUUACACCCUUUUUAGAUGCAAAUGACCUUCUACGAACAGGGGGACGUCUUCAACAUUCAAGUUUACCUGAAGAUUCUAAGCACUUACUAAUAUUACCCAAACAGUCUCUCUUUACUGUUUUAAUUAUCUCAGAUGCACAUUUGAAAACCCUACAUGGAGGGACGCAAAUUACUUUGACACAUCUACGACAAAAUUAUUGGAUAGUAGGAGGUCGGAUUCCAGUAAAGUCUUUCAUCCUUAAAUGCAUUAUCUGCACAAGGUACAGGCAAAAACGAGCACAGCAGAUUAUGGGCCAACUUCCAGAAAAAAGAGUCAAUCCUACCAUACGUCCAUUCUUCAAUUCUGGUGUUGACUAUGCAGGCCCAUUUUCUAUCAAGACUUGGAAAGGAAAAAAUGCACGACAGUACAAAGCCUAUAUAGCCGUAUUUGUGUGCUACUCAACCUCUGCUUCUCACCUUGAAUUAGUUGAAUUAGUGACAGAUUAUUCUUCAGACGCCUUCAUUGCGGCGUAUAAACGUUUCGCAGUUAGACGCGGUAUAUGUGCAACACUCUCCAGUGAUUGCGGCACCAAUCUGAUGGGCGCUGACAAAGAGCUACGAAACUUAUUUACGGCCUCUUCGAAAGAGUCAGACAAGUUAUCGACCUUACUCGCAAAUGAUGGCACACAAUGGAUUUUUAAUCCACCAAGCGCUCCCCAUUUUGGAGGAAAAUGGGAGGCGACAGUCAAAUCAGUUAAACAUCAUCUCAAACGCAUUGUGGGCAAUCAGUUACUCACGUACGAAGAGAUGACUACGUUGCUAUCACAAAUCGAGGCAGUUCUCAAUUCGAGACCCUUGAGUCCGCUUUCAGAUGAUCCUGAGGAUCUUUCAGCUUUGACACCAGGCCAUUUUUUGGUGGGAGGUGCUCCCACAAUUAUACCUGAACCUAUGCUAAACAAUGUUAACUGUUCUAGGUUGUCAAGAUGGCAGUUACUUAAACAAAUGUUGGACACGUUCUGGUCACGUUGGUCGCAGGAAUGUCUCCAAAGAUUUCAUGAUGUAUCUAAAUGGAACAAGCCAGUACCAUCUCUGAAAAAAGAUUCACUUGUUCUGGUUGUGGAUGAACGGUAUCCGCCAGCUAAGUGGCCUCUCGGCCGAGUUAUAGACGUUCAUCCUGGCGCAGAUGGGCAUGUCAGAGUUGUUACAGUUCGCACUCAGGCAUCUGUUCUCAAACGUCCUAUCGUAAAGCUGUGCCCAUUACCUAUCGAACGAACAGAUUCAUGA